UCUUUUAAAAUAAUUCUUAGUUAUUGCACAUAAGCAUAUUUUUAUUUGCUUUUGUUUCAGGACUUUGUGGAAACCAUUGUGAUUAGACUGGUGUGGGUGCAUUCAGUUGCAACCUCAUCUACAGCUUUGGAAGUUCUCAGUUUGGCAGUAGAGAGCAGUAAAGCUGUCAUCACUUAUAGCGUCCUGAUGUAUGAAGUUCAGCUCACACAGAAGUCCCUUUCAAACCAAUCAGCUUUCUGUUACAUGUCUACUGGUUUACAGCUCCUUGGAACCACACUAGGCGUUCUUGGCUGGCUGGGCAUCAUCAUAUCAUGUGCGCUUCCUCUGUGGCGUGUGACUGCUUUUAUUGGGACCAACAUUGUGACGGCGCAGAUUAUGUGGGAAGGGCUGUGGAUGAGCUGUGUGGUGCAGAGCACUGGCCAAAUGCAGUGUAACGUGUACGACUCCAUGCUGGCUCUUCCUCAAGACCUACAGGCCUCUCGAGCAAUCCUUAUUAUUGCUUCCCUUGUAGGUUUAAUAGCUAUAUUGGCCAGUUUUGUUGGUGGUAAAUGUACUAACUGCUUGCCAGAUGAUUUUGCAAAGGCUUGGGUUGCUGUAGCAGGAGGGGCCGCCUUUGUCACUGCAGGGGUCUUGGGCUUGGUGCCAUCUAGUUGGACUGCCCAUCGGGUCAUUGGGGACUUCUACAAUCCUCUGGUGGCCCAUGCUCAGAAGAGGGAGUUGGGAGCAGCUAUCUAUAUCUGUUGGGGGGCAGCAGUUCUCAUGCUGGUUGGCGGAGGACUCCUCUGCAGCUCUUGCCCAAAAGGAAGAGCAUCCCGUGGGGGUCUGUAUAUGGCGGCAUCUCGGAAUAGAAGGGAGCGCUUGGAUUAUGUGUGACUGCGUGAGUGUUUGACUACUCUGAGAACUGAUGUGUGGAUGAUUAAGUUUUUUUUCUUUUUAAAUAUCUGUUUGUUUUGUUUGUGGGGUUUUUUUGUUUUGUUUUUGGUGAACUAGGAAUUUCAACCCGCUGCUGAAUUGCGGUCAAUUGAGCUAAUAAAAGUUUAUCCAACAGAGGGCAGUAUU